AUGGCCGACUCUGCCACCAUUCUGGGCUACGUCUCCCUAGUCAUCGCCAUCAUCGCCUUCUUCCUCUCCGUCAUUCAAGCCUUCCAACAAUACAUCUCCACAGCAGAAGGCUACCGAAAAUGCGCAGAAAGCGUAAUGGGUCCCUGGGUCAAGCACCGACGACGACACUUCGUCCUCGAAGAGCUCCGCUUCGCAGUCGCAUUCAAAACUCCAGUCCUCUUCGUCGCCAAACCAACAAACGAUCGCGGCCCGGUCCCCGGCGCAGUCAUCCGGAACGUCGAAGGCACGGACAAGUCAAAGGAACUCACCCUCUCCUGGAAUCCUGUCAACACCACCAAGGAAAAGGAUGACUCAGGAUCGGGUUCCUUCUUCACGAGAGUCCAUACGACGAAUGAUGAACGCGCCUCCUGGGUUACGCUCCUGGCCAUGCUCCAGAAAAACGAAGCCGAUACCCGUCUCUGGGACAAAGAAACCCGCGAAUCCGCCCCUCCGCGCGGCGGCCUCAAACCUGUCAAACCGCCUGAAUACAGCAUGUGCGUCCAGCUACAAGGUCGCGAUAGAAAUUGGGAUUUCAUGCCGGAAUCUGUCCUGAGGCCCUAUGCUACUUCGGCGCUUACGCAUAUUGCUGAGAUGGCGAUGAUGCUAGGUCUCUCCUGGGUCGUCUUUGAUCCCGCUGAAGGCAACCUCCGAGCGGAAGGGAAUGGAUUCGCGCUCACGUCUUCUACUGUUCAGUCUCUAGGCAUCGUCAUCUCCUUCGUCCAGACGGGUCCGAACUUCACUGCGGCUUAUAAACCUAACCGAGUCAUUCCCAACGCCGCCGUCAAGGACAUCAUGUUCGGAACUGUGCCUAGCAUCUUCGACGUCCCUCCCUCCUCCUCUUCUUCCUCCCAAGCUCCAACGUGGACAUACCGCCUCACCUUGGGCGACGAACGCUCCAUCCGCAAAACUCUCAAGUACGUCCACUGCAAAUCCCAAACCGUCACCCGCUUCCUCCAGACCAGCAGCGAUCAAACUCUAGGCCGCUCUAUCAAUUUCGACCUCAUAGCCAUGCUGGGCCGCACUUUCCGCCUCCGAGGCAGUAACUUUAAGAAACUCCCCAAUCCAACCUACCACGGCGCAUGGAUCGAUACGUUCAACGCCUGCGCCCUGAUGCGUGAAUUCCAGUCCCAACUGAUCGCACUCCCCGGCCCUCCGUCGCCGCAAGUACUCUAUAUUGAAACCGUCUGGCUGGAAAAGCUUGAACCCGUCUGGGCCGACGAAGAAAGCGAAAUCGACAUUACCAUGCGGGAAGCGGCGCAUGAUGUGAUUGAGCAGUGUGACCGGUUUCUCACCGGGAAGGAAUGUGGCGAGACGGCUGUGAUUCCCGUCGUGACGGCCCACAUCACCACGCUUCUGGAUCAAUUACUCCCCACGGACUCAGCGCUGAGCCAACUCGAAGCUGAUGAUGAGGCGCAGCUUAUGAGUCUCUACUUCAAUGUGCUGCGCCCAGCUGUGGCGGAGCAUGCGAAGAGGCAGGAUACGAAUUUUCCGCUCAGUGCGAGUGUUCAUAAUGCGGAGCCGGAUCUGCUGAUUGGAGCGGGGGAGAAGGAUGGGGAUGGGGAUGUGGGCAAGGAUGGGAGGGUGAGCGAGGAGGAAAUCUGGGUGAUGUUGCAGUUUCGGGCUUGUUUGUGGUGGUGUUUACAUGAGUUUGAUGAUAGCGCUGCCAAGGUUUUGGAUCCGAGGUGGAUGGGGAGUCGGUUGCCGGUUAUGAUACUUUGA